UAGUGCACUAAACCACAAGCUCAUUCUUCAAUAGAAAUUAAUCUAAGAGCUCUAAACAUAACCACAAUCAUGCAUGUCCUUUGUUCUUUCUUAGCACUCCUUGCUAUUAUACAUGGAAUUCAAGCAGUUGAUUACACUGUCACCAACACUGCUCUCUCUACUACAGGUGGAGUUCGAUUCCGUGAUCAAAUAGGAGAUGAAUACGCGACACAAACCCUAGACUCCGCGACACAAUUCAUAUGGAAAGUAUUUCAAGAAGAAAACCCUACCGACCAAAAAGACGUUCAAAAGGUGAGUUUAUUCAUCGACGACAUGGACGGAGUUGCGUUUACUAGCAACAACGAAAUUCAUGUGAGUGCAAGAUAUGUUAAUGGCUACAACGGAGAUGUGAAAAAUGAGAUUACAGGAGUACUGUAUCAUGAAAUGACACAUGUUUGGCAGUGGAAUGGGAAUGGUGCAGCAAAUGGUGGAUUGAUUGAAGGUAUAGCAGAUUAUGUGAGAUUGAAAGCAAAUUUUGCACCAAGUCAUUGGGUUAAAGAUGGACAAGGUGAUAAAUGGGAUCAUGGUUAUGAUGUUACAGCUCGUUUUUUGGAUUAUUGUGAUAGUUUAAGAAAUGGGUUUGUAGCAGAGUUGAAUAAGUUGAUGAAGAGUGGUUAUAGUGAUGAUUUCUUUUCUCAGCUUUUGGGGAAGACAGUUGAUCAGUUGUGGACAGAGUAUAAGGCAAAGUAUGGCAAUAUAGCUUAAUUAAUUAUCAAGUAGCUUAUUAAUUAAAUGUAUGAAUAAGUGACUUUUUGUCGUUAUAUUUAUGUAAUAAAGAUUAUCUGAAAUUAAAUAUAUUCAUACUUAUAGUAUAA